AUGUCAACUGUUUUAGUAUGCACAGGUGCAACAGUCACAUUCAAAUCGUUAAUUGACCAAAUCUUAUCAGUGUCAUUUGUUCAAAACUUGAUCAAUACUGGAGUCACUAAGCUAAUUGUUCAAUAUGGGAAUGAAAUAAAAGGAAACAAACACAUUAGCCAACUCUUUUUUGAAUCAACUAUUAAAAAAAAUCAGCUUGUUGAGCAUUUAAAUUUGGAAAUAUGCACAUGUAACGAUAAUAAGCAAUGCAUCACUUUCACAUCAUCCAACUUUAAGAUUGAAUGUUUCCCAUUCUCGCCACAGAUUGAUCAAUACAUUGCUCAAUCAGAUGUAGUAAUCUCACAUGCAGGGACGGGAUCUAUAAUUGAUGUGCUCCAUCAGCACAAAAAAUUGAUAGUGGUGGUAAAUCAAAGCUUGAUGGACAACCAUCAAGAGGAGAUUGCAAACGAAUUUGUCAAAAAUGGUUAUUGUCUUUGUGCCAAAUGCCGGGACUUGUGCAGUGACGAAUUUGUCAAAAGUUUGAAACUGUUGUUGAAGGAAGAGGCCAAGCUAAAACAUUUGAAAGAGAAUGAUGGACGUACUUUGGAGUCUAUAAUUUGCGAGGAAUUAACAGGUUAG